AACUCAAUUGUUUAAUUUCAGUACUUGAUAUUAAUUGUUUAACUUUUUAAAACGGUGAAAACAUGAAUAUAUUUAAGACACCUUUAUCUGAGAAUUAUUCAUCUAGCUGCAUUCGUGAUAAAAUUGAACUUGAACGAAAAAUUAAGACAUACAUAAACCAUAUAAAAGUUGCUGAAUGGCACUAUCAUUUUAAUCGAAUUUUCAUUAGCCCAGGAAAUUCAUUUAAUGAAAAAUAUAUCAUCAAGUUUUUAUCGUCGAUGUUAGCCAAACCUAAUGGGAUAUCUGGAACUCAUGUCCCUUCAACUGCAAGCUCGUAUAAUAACCAUCUAAUACCAAAAAAAGUUAUGGGAUUUCAAUCACCCACCACAUUAAACAACAUUAAAGUGGUCAAGGACGGUGAAUUAGUGGUAAACGAAGACUAUGUUUAUAAUAUUCUUGAUCGCUUGUCGCCUAUAGAAUUUUCCAAAUUGUUGGAUAUAGAACCGACAAAAAGACUAGACACUUUAAAAAAUCAAUACCGCAUGUUUAAUGACAUUUUAGAUAAUAAAUCGAUGGACGAUUUAGAUAAAUUAAAUAAUGAAAUACUGACAGAAAUUCCAUACGAAAUAUAUAUCGAAGCCACAGAACAUAAUAAUAUACCAAUAUACAUUAAUUUAAAAGAAAUUGUGUCGUCUGUAAUUAUUUGGACUGGUUUGACAUAUGGUUACGAACAAGAUUUGUUAAGAUUCGCGUUUAAUUCGGCUUGUCAAAAUACUGAUGUAUUUCCAAUACCAAAUAGUCAAAACUACAUUCCAGUAAUACACAUUCAAAACUUAGCCAGGAUCAUACAUAAAGUAAUACACGAAAACAAGGAAUUACUGAAAUACAAUAACUGUAUUUUUGCUGUUGAAAGUCCUACGAAUACAUUAAAUCAAAUCAUCACGAUAGAAGAAAUCCAGUCAUUACGUCAAAAAAUGCAAUACACAGAAUCAGAAAUAGACUUACUAGAAAAUGUUGACAAUAAUUAUGAAAAAGAAGACCCAGUAUUAACCGAAUGUAUAACAGAGUUAGAACAAAAACUAAAAAAAUUAUAUUUAUCUAUGGAUUUCAACGAUGGCAUAUUGGAAGAUAAAUAUUUAAUCCCGUAUGUUAAAUAAAAAAUGAUUUGCUAUGUAUUGCCUCAAUUCGUUUGAAAAUAUCUUCAGCUGUUAAAUUUCUUCAAUAGUUUAUUGAAUGAAAAAAUAUCACAUUCCAUUUCUACUAAAUGUGGGUAUGUUUUGAACGGGUAUCCAAACACAACAAAAGAAGCCAAAGAACUAUUCAUUAACAUACGUUCACCGAAACAGAUAGAUAUUAAUAAAUUACCCGAUUUGGUUGUUUUUUUAAAACAAAACACACAAAUUGAUCUCACACCUUCCUUCGACAAUAAUGUUGAAAUGGAAGAUACAAAAAAAACAAAUUGGAUUUGUAAAAUCAGUUGAUAUUUUUUCAUCAGGAAGUGAAAAUAAGUUUGCACCAAGUGCAUCGGAUAAAGUUAUUGCUAAGUCCAUAUUAAAAAAAUCA